GUCUUUUGCGGUCCAUCUGCCCACAGAAGUGGUUCGAGUGCUGGAAGAGAACGUUUCAGACGAGGACUUUGCUCUGGCCAAGAAAAGGGUGGCCUACCUGUGCAGGCCGCAAUAUAGCGUGGACACUUUGCGAGUUUUAGCCAAGGGUCUGAGUGCGAGCAUUCUGGCCCAGCUGGAAAAUGCAGAUGAUCAGGUGAGGGUCAUAGAUGACUGCACUGUGGGCGGCUUGAACAAGACCAUCGGGGUGGUUGAGAAGUAUCGCAUACAUGCUAUGGAUGAGAUCUCAGCGACGUGGAAGCGGAGAGCAGCAUUCUUGGUGACGGGUGUACAAAUGCUGGACCUGAAGGUCAGCGGCUUCGAAGACGAUACUGUUCCCGAUCCUAAUCUCGGCUAUUGGUGGAAGGGCUCAGUGUGGGUGCAAGAUUUUUCAGACGUGUUCGAAGCUGCAGGCCGGCCCGCGAAUGUGGUGGUGGUAGAUGGUGAGCCUGACAUGAAGCCGGAGCUGGUUGAAGAGCCGGGUUUUGUGCAUGUGGAGUCGUUGGUGAACUCUGGCGUUGCCAGUUUGGGCGCCUUGGCUCACAGUUUUGGGCAUGCUGGGCAGGCCAUCAACGCCAAUGAAUUUUCCGACUGGGUCCGAGCGAAGCAUGCCACCUUGGACACCGUCGCAUGA